AUGGCAUCUGUAAACAGAAAGAGUGAAAUAAUUAAAAAACUUAAAACAGACAAAUGUCUCCUGGAGGACAUAAAUGAAAGGCGAGAAUCCAACUGCCUGGUGGAAAGAAGCAAUCAAGUCAGCUUAUUGAGAGUUCAAAAGAGGCAUUUCCACAGUGCCUACAAGUCCCUUACUCAUGAUCAGGUCAAAGAAAUUGUUCCUGACAGUGACAGGAGCUCUUGGGUCAAACUGAGUCUCUUCGUUCACAAGGAGAAAAGGCACUUUCCACCAAAAAAUAAUGCCAUAUUUGGAUAA